AUGCCAUCAAAGUCGCCAGGAAGCCCUACCAAGAUUCCUUGUGGACAGGCUUCCAAGCUCCCCUCCGAGUCUACGACGCCCUCGGGAAAACAACCUCGCCUCAGAUACCCCAAGACUGCUCCCCAAGGUAAGCAUAACUGCCUGAUCCCUAAAUUCUUCCCUUACGCUCCAAAGCAGUCUUCGUGGUGGGAUAUCAACGAGCACAUCUCCGCCAACGAGACCCACGAGUCCUUCGACAUCCCCUCCGGGGCGAUCAUAACCGAACGCAUCCCCACACUCCCAGAAACACUACGGGAUGCCGUGGCCCGGAUCUACCUCGGACGACGACGAGCCUCCAACACGCCGCCGCCUCGGAAAUUCUCGCUGCGGAACUACAACCUCUCGCUGGAUCAGAUGCUCGAAUUGGGAAUGCCGGACUAUAACAUCGACGGCUACGACUUCGAGUUCGCCCUCGGCGGCAUCAGGCAGAUGGUUAAGCAAUCUUCAGACGACCUGGUGGACUCCCUCAUCACGGGUUUUUCCAAGAAUGGCCCGUACCACCCGCUCCCGCUGGUUGAAGACGACGAGAAUGCCGAGCGGCUGUGGUCCGUCUUCAGCGCCGCCUACGUUGAAGAGGCGGGCUAG